UUUGAAGAAGUUUAUGUGGAAACAAGGGAUGACCUGCUAAGGCUACAGAACAGUGGAGUUCUGAUGUUUCAGCAAGUGCCCAUGGUGGAGAUGGACGGGAUGAAGUUGGUGCAGUGCAGAGCCAUUUGUAACUACAUAUCAGCGAAGCACAACCUCUACGGGAAGGAUCUGAAGGAGAGAGUCCUAAUUGAUAUGUAUGUGGAAGCAAUACUAGAUCUGAAUGAGUUAAUCAUGAGAGCUCCUGUCCAACCAGCUGAUAAAAAGGAGAAAUACAUGGCUGAUACAGUGGACAAGGCCACAAACAGAUACUUCCCAGUCUUUGAGAAGGCUUUGAAGGACCAUGGAAAAGACUUCCUUGUGGGCAACCAGCUUAGCAGGGCAGAUGUGCAAUUACUUGAAAUCAUUUUAAUGGCAGAAGAGGUCAARGCUGACAUACUUGCCAAAUUUCCUGUCCUGCAGAGUUUUAAAGCAAGAACAAGUAAAAUCCCYACAAUAAARAAAUUUCUGCAGCCUGGCAGCCCGAGGAAGCCACCACUGGAAGUAAAAGAUGUCCCCAAAGUGUUGAAAAUUUUCUAUGGUGACCAGUGAGCAGCAACAUAAAAUCUCAAAAACUCUAUUGCAUUUUCUCUGUCAUUCCUGUAAUGUGUUAAAAUGAAGAUAAUUAAAAGGUUUCAUUAUGCCUCUUUCUCUAUAUAAGCAUUGGGCUUGCCCCACAAGCCCAAUGGUAUGUGCUGGACAAAGCUGGAUGUCUUAAACUACUGAUUCUAAGAGAUAAAUCGAGAGAUAAAUAAAGUCUCACUGUGAACAGUUAAAAACGUUUAAUGAUUGUUUGCAUCAAGCUUUAUAGAUAAGGGGUCUCUCAUUCUGUCUUGUGUUGUUCCUGAAAGUUGUUUGAAAGAGA